UAUAGUAUAAAGUAUAGCAAGUUUUAACAUAAAUAAACGCGUUUAUCAACUGAACUACUUUGUAUAGGUUUACUACGUUCUUGUAUAUUUUUCUUAUUUUUGGAAGACUUUUCUCAUUUAAAACUAUUAAAAUGGCUCUCUGUGCUUGCAAAUGCCUAAAUGUAACACUAGAAAGUGAUAAAUUAGAAGAAAAUUUCGAUAUCGGGAAACUAGAAUUAUCUUCGACGGAACAAAGGGAUACAUUUUUCAGUGAGAAACUACUGACAUGUCCUGCAGACCAACUAAAAAUCAAUUUAGUGCAACCAGCACUUAUUGGACAUCGCACUGUGGAUCAUCUCACUCUAGCAUCAUGUCUUGCUUGUGGUCAGACUACGCAUGCCAUCCUACAUGAUAGAAAUAUUGUGCUGAUUCCCAAGUCAAUUCAAACUACACCAGAACACAUAAAUAGUUUGAAGAGAUCUGAUAGUUUUUCUCCAGUAUUCAACUUGUUAGUGCCAGAAGUAACUAAUGACGUAGAGAUGAAAGAAAAUGUAGAUACAAGUAAUCAGUUAGUUAUUGAUAAGAAUGGCUGUUCCCCGUCACUGCAGAUGAUUGGCUCACUUAAAAAACAGUUGAAUCAAACAUUACAAUCACAUUUGGAGGCCAUAGAGGAAGCAGUCAGCCAGUUCAGAGAUCAGAAAUAUGCAGAAUAUGAAGUUUACAGAGCCAGGGCGCAAAAAGACCACAAAAUUUUAUCUAGUAUUAUAAGCAAAGCACAAAGUAAUAUAGAGAAAGACAACUGGGCUAACUCGAACUUCACCAGUGGCCCGCCGUCGCCACUCGUGCCGCCACUACAGAGGCGAAGACUGUCUUCUCUUAAAGAUGCCAAAAAGUUCAAUCAAAAUGCAAAGUCAACAGCACAAAUACCGCACGAGGAGGAUUCUUUAGAUGCAGAGGAUAUUUUCGAUCUAGAAGGAACAGACUCUAACAACUUCAUGGGCUCAGAUCACGACGACUAUGAUUCUGAUCAAGGCAGCAACGACGGCAUCCCUAUAGGGCGCGCGCGCGCCGCGGCCGCCGACAUCGCGCGCUCGUUGCCCAUCAGCGUGCCCAAGUUCCCAGCAGAGCGAGCCGCGCCGAGGGAGCUCGACGACUAUGAGGAGCCGCAGGACAUAGCGGCGAGCAUUAAGGCGCUGGCGCGCUCCGUGCACGGGGACGUGUUCGAGCUGCCCCGGCCCCGCUUCUCCACUCAGAUCUAGCCCCGACCCUCCACUCUGCCACUAGAUGUAGGAUUCAUAUUACCGUCUAAGGACAUCUGCUCAUCUUACUCCCGAGUCAAUAGACUGUGUUGUGCGUGUACUCACUCCAGUGCUUGAGGUUGAUACUGCCCACACUUUGGUGCUUACACAUGUGAUCGGUGACCCUAAUGCCGUUAUAUGAGUUAUGAAUAGUCGAAUUAAACACGAACACCAAUGAUUUUAUUGAAAUAUACUUUCGGUGGUUUGAGAAUACGUGAAUCGUGUGCCAUCAACAGUGGACAGCGUUACUUUAAUUUCUUAGUUUUAUUUCUUUCUUGAAGUGUAUCGCGCAGUGCUGUGUUUGAACAACAAAGUCAUAUUCAAAGUACCUAAUAAAGUUUUAAAUGUGGUUGUAAUAUCCUAAGCUUCCAUAUGGCAUGUGAUUAUAACAACAAACAAGUAGUAUGUAAGCAAGAGGCUAUGAAUGUUGUUGAAAUCAGAAUAAUUAUUAUAAUUAUUAAAUAAACCAAAAAUUUUGUUACAUAUUUGGAUGUGAAUCCGUUCAGUAAAGAACUGAUUUGUUUAAGUGUAUAAGUUUGAAAGAUUAUAUUAUUUAGUAUUGAUAAUAAUUAUUAUGACAAAUAAAAUAUAUUAGUAACAAUAAUUUUUUUUAAUGAAAUAUUUCCCAACAUUGUAUUAAUUUGCGGUAUGUGUCAAUAAUUAUGGUAAUUAUCAAUAUUAUAUAUUAUUAUUAUUAUAUUAAUAGUAAAUUGCCUAUCAUUUUCGAUGUGUUUAGAGCAUUGUCUGACAAGCAAGUUAUUUAACAGCGACCAAGGUGAAGCGAGAACCUUUUAUCUCUAUUUCUUUUGAAUAUUUUGUCGCCUCAUGUUAAGCUAAUGUCAGAAUGUAUGGUAUAUUGUUGCAUGAGUGUAUACAGGCUGACCUUGCGAGUGUAUGUGAGCGACUGAAAGUGUAUGUCAGUGACUUUGUUGAAUUUGUAUUGAAUUGAGUGAAGUUAACAUCUUUUAACAUCUAAGUCAUAUCUCUGUUAUAGAAUUCAGAGUUUUCUAUUAAUUUUUACGUCGUGUUAUCUUAAUGAUAAGUAAAAAGUGUACAAAUACAUAUUAAUACUUGCAUUUCUUACUAGUCUGUUAGGGUCACGAAAUAAUCAGAAAUCCAAUCGUUUACAAAAUAUUGUAAUAAGAUAGUCUCUCUCAUCAUUAACGUCUUGCAUGAUUAAAAAUUUGUAAUACGUUUAUUUUUUUAUAAAAAUAUUUUGAAUGAGUAAAAGUGAAGCGGAACCGAAGCGGCAGUAGACGUUAGGUAUUUUGUAUUUUUUUCUUGUUUUAUUUUGUGUAUACUUUAUAGAAUAAUGUGUUGUAUGAGUGAGCUGAUCGCAUUUCUAGUCUCGACGAGAGCAUCGCAUUUCUUCGGUGCUUGGUACAGCCAGAUGUGCGAUCAUCUUAUAUAACAGUACUGACUGAAUACCUUACGUUGAUGUCAGUCGUGCUUACGAAUACACAUGUUUAAUGCUGACAUGUUCAAGUUUCCUAGAAAAACUGUGUGUGUAUGCUUAGCUACUACUUUUGAAUUACUGUACAAAUUUUAAGGGUUCUACAGAAACAGUUUAUUGUUUUUUAAUGUGCAAUCAGAUCUAGGCAGGCGCGCUCCAAACGAGAUCUCAUCAUUGCUUUGUUUCUCUGUAUGAUUUUCGUCGUACGCAAGCCUCAUCUCAUCUCACAAAUAUCUUAUCUCACAAUAUAUUUUUUAAACGUCAAGGAGCGAAUUGUAAUCCGAAAGGCCAAAAUUCAACCGUAUUUCAAGAGUAAUAGUUAGGUUUAUUUUUUGAUCAUAUUGAUAGCUUAUUUUCGCAAAAUGUUUAUAAAUUACAGCCUAUAAUCCAUCCUUUAAUUAGUAAAAACUGUAUGGAAAUUUUUACAAUAUUUAUGAUAUUAGCCCGAAUAAACACGAACUCAGCGCGGCGGUGAAUUUAUAUGUAGUGAUGAUGGUCCAAAAGCCGAUGUAAGCCAAACCUACAUCACAGUAUAAAGGCUGAAAUUAUUUCUGCGCACGUAGGAUAGUAUAGAAAGUGCGAACGUUUUGUUCAGCUUUACUUUGACGUAGGUCUGGCUUCACGGAAUCUCUCUCUAUCAUGUUUAACAUGGUAAUGUUCAGGAAACUUGAACUUUACGUCAGCGUCAGUGUGCAAUCGUACAUACGCGCGGCCGACAUCAGCGUAGGAUGAAUUCAGGCCAUAAUGAUUUUAUCAGUGUCUUCCAAUAGCACUGUUAUUAUAAAAUGAUUUAUUGCUCGUAUUCUUUUAUUGUGAUGUCGGUGUUUCAGUCAGUUGUUUUAGUGUAGCUAUUAUAUAAGUCCUAGUUUAUUUGGUGUGACGAUACUGAGAAGGACCUUGGAUGUUAAGAAUUGUAGUGAUCAUGUAAUAAAAAAUCAAACAACA